CUUCCUGGCUUGCUGCAGCAGACCGAGAACUUGCAGGAAAAAGGGCGGCUGGAAGACGCAUUGGAAAUCGCACGAUGCAACACUUGCGCAUACACCCUGCUUCAAGGCAGUGGUUAUAUUGAAACAUAUCAUUUACUGAACAUGCAGUAAAUGCAGAUUUUUUUAUUUUGUAUUUUUACAGACAUUCUAAAAUGUUAUGUUGACGAGAGGGGAGUUAUCCUUAUUUGUUUUGCAGUUCAAAAUCGCAUUGAUCGCCUUGCAACCUCAAGUGCAAUUUGGGACACUGAAGUUCUCUGAAACGCAUGAAGCCCACCCUGCUUUACGCAUCUGCCGAAGAGAUUUGUAGGGUACGUUGUGGUGUCUUAAGGCGAAGUCUACAGGCUUCCAUAAUUAAUACCUAAAGAAUCAUGUCAUCUCAUACGAGAGUCAAGAAGGACAAGGAGAUUGUUGGGGAUUACGAGACUCAAGUGAAAGAGAUCCGUAACCAAUUGGUGGAGCAGUUCCGUUGUCUUGAACAGCAGUCGGAAUCCCGGCUACAGCUGCUGCAGGACCUGCAGGACUUCUUCCGCCGCAAGGCCGAGCUGCAGCUGGAGUACUCUAGAGGCCUGGACAAACUGGCUGAGCGCUUCUCCGCCAAGAUACGCUCCUCCAGGGAACACCAGCACUUUAAGAAGGACCAGAACCUGCUGUCGACAGUGAACUGCUGGUACCUCGUUCUGAACCAGACGAGGAGAGAGAGCAGAGACCAUGCUACCCUCAGCGACCUCUACAACAAUAACGUCAUUGUCCGCCUGGCACACGUCGGAGAGGAUGUCAUCAGACUCUUCAAGAAGAGCAAAGAAAUCGGGGUGCAGAUGCACGAGGAGUUAGUGAAAGUCACGAACGAGCUCUACACUGUGAUGAAGACCUACCACAUGUACCACACAGAGAGCAUCAGCGCAGAGAGCAAGUUGAAGGAGGCGGAGAAACAGGGAGAAAAGCAGAUUGGCAAGGCCAAUGAUGUCAGCACCAGCCUCCUGCGCCAUGACGACCGCCAACAGCGACGCAGCGCUGUCAAGAAGAUGGAGAAGAUGAAAGAGAAGAGACAAGCCAAGUACUCAGAAAACAAGCUGAAGUGCACUAAAGCACGGAACGACUAUUUGUUGAACCUGGUGGCAACCAAUGCUCUGGUGGCCAAAUAUUACAUCUACGAUGUCUCUGACAUGAUAGACAGCUGUGACAUGGGCUACCAUGCCAGCCUGGCGCGGACCCUGAGGACCUACCUGUCUGCAGAGUACAGCCUGGAGACGUCCCGGCACGAGGGGCUGGACCAGCUGGAGGGUGCCGUGGAUGCCAUGGAUGUCAGGGGGGACAAACACAGGGUCAUGGACAUGCACAGCCAGAUCUUCUGCCCGCCCGCCCACUUCGACUACCAGCCACACAUGGGCGACGAGGUGUGUCAGGUGAGUGCCCAGCAGCCGGUGCAGACAGAGCUCCUGAUGCGUCACCACCAGCUCCAGUCCCGCCUGGCCACACUCAAGAUCGAGAACGAGGAGGUGAGGAAGACCCUGGAUGCCACCAUGCAGACACUGCAGGACAUGCUGACGGUGGAGGACUUUGAUGUGUCUGAGGCUUUCCUACACAGCCAGUCCACUGAGUCGGUCAAGUCUGCCUCGUCCGACUCCUACAUGAGCAAAGUCAACGUUGCUAGGAGACGAGCCAAUCAGCAGGAGACCGAGGGCUUCUACUUCACUAAAUUCAAAGAGUACCUGAAUGGCAGCAACCUUAUAGUGAAACUACAGGCCAAGCAUGAUCUACUGAAGCAGACUCUGGGAGAAGGGGAAAGGGCUGAAUAUGGAACAACACGCUCAUGUGUAUCUGCACACCCUUCACCAACCUCCUCCUCCACCAUCAGCCCCCCCACUCUUCCCGCUAAACCCAGGAGAAUGCAGAAGCCUAGACCUUGCUCCGUUUUUAAUCAUAAACUCUUUAACGGCAAUUUGGAGGCCUUCAUCAAGGACUCAGGGCAGGCUAUACCAGUGGUGGUUGAGAGCUGUGUCCGCUAUAUCAAUCUAUACGGCCUUCAGCAGCAAGGCAUAUUCAGGAUUCCCGGCUCCCAGGUCGAAGUCAACGAUAUAAAAAAUUCAUUUGAGAGAGGUGAGGACCCAUUGGUCGACGACCAGAGUGACCAUGACAUCAUGGCGGUGGCGGGAGUUCUGAAGCUGUACUUCAGGGGGCUGGAGAACACACUGUUCCCCAAGGAACACUUCCUCGACCUCAUGUCUACCAUCAAACUAGACUCUGGUGCAGAGAGAGCUCAUCACCUUCAGCAGAUUGUUGUAACUCUUUCUCACCCCGUCAUCAUCGUCAUGAGAUAUCUGUUUGCAUUCCUCAACCAUCUAUCCCAGUACAGUGAUGAGAACAUGAUGGAUCCUUAUAAUCUGGCUACCUGCUUCGGCCCGACUCUGAUGCCGAUACCUGAUGGUCACGAUCCUGUGGCCUGUCAGACACACGUUAAUGAGGUCAUCAAGACCAUCAUCAUCCACAACGAGGUCAUCUUCCCGAGCCACCGUGAGCUGGACGGACCAGUCUAUGAAAAGUGCAUGGCUGGAGGAGAGGAGUACUGUGACAGUCCACAGAGUGGGCCAGGUGCCAUUGAUGAAGUGGACUAUGGUACAGGACCUCACACCAGUGAUGAUGAACUGGAGCAGAUCGAGGCCAUCGCUAAAUUUGACUAUGUGGGGCGUACUCCCAGAGAGCUGUCCUUUAAGAAGGGGGCAUCACUGCUGCUGUACCUGAGAGCCUCUGAUGACUGGUGGGAGGGACGACACAACGGAGUGGACGGACUCAUCCCACAUCAGUACAUUGUGGUGCAGGACAUGGACGAUGCGUUCUCAGACAGUCGGAGUUGGAAGGCUGAGAGUGAGGCCAGUAGUGGACCCCACCAGGAGGACAGAGACCGAACCUCAUCCAGGAACCGUGACCGCAGCUCCCCCUGUGAACACAGACAACAUACCCCUGAACAUCACUAUGGAGAUGCUCUUGGAAGGGUGAGGGUUCGUUCAGAUGGUGCUGUUAUCCCUCACCACAGGAGCACUGCCGACACCCACAGCCCCACCCGAGGUAUGGACACGCCCCCUAGGGUCAUGCCCCGCCCCUGCAGUCCUCACAAGAUUGCUGUCAACAGGGGCCGCAUGGACAGUCCAGAGAAACGCCAUCUCAGCACGUUCAGCAGCACAGGAAGUAUCAACCAUCCAGAUAGAAAGUGCUUCCGUGAUGGCCCCGCCCUCAGACCCUCCCCGGCUCCACCCGCCACGGUAGCCUUGGCGACCAGAAAUCACUGGCAGAGGACAUAGAGAAGACCAUGAACACUGCCCUGCAUGAGCUGUCUGAGCUGGAGCGGCAGAACGUGGCCAAGCAUGCCCCCGACGUGGUCCUGGACACCUUGGAGCCCCUGAAGCAGCAGCACCUCUCCUCCUGUGGGUCCAAACCCCCCUCUGAGCCCCCUGGCAGCCCCCUCCACACCAACACCAUGGCCAUCCGGGACCCUGACGCCGCCCUGCGCCGUAGCAGCAGUUCCUCGUCCUCCGAGACCAUGAGCACCUUCAAACCGGCCCUGACUACACGGAGGCCCAG